AUGGCCGCCACCCCCCAAGCCGCAGUCAACCAGAUGGAGGCGGCCAUGUGGCCGGUGUACAACAGGAUCGCAACUUUCAUUACACGGCAACACGGACCCAGCGUUGCCCGGUACCCCGCGCUCUACGUCCCGCUGGCCAUCCGCGACUUCAAGCCCCUCUUCGCGGCGUAUUUCACCCUCACCCAAGGUGCUGUCCAGCCCGGCCUCGAGUCCAUCCGCGCGCAAGUCGAGUGGUUCUGCCGGUCGUUGGAGAGCUUGACGGACCCCAUCCACGAGGACCCGCGGCGCAGCGACGUGGAGAAGGCUCUGGAUCGGCGCGCGUGUUUCGAAGAGAUGCUGUGGGCCGUCGGCGACCGGAUAAUCGAAGGGAAACGAUCGCGCGGUGCUCGCCAGCCCACGCCGACCGAGGCAAUUACCGUCGCGUCGCUCGAGUUGCUGUGGCGGGUGGCCAUCGGUGCCUGCGAUUGGGAACUUCGGCUCUGGUACGCUGCUGGAAGACCGGGAGCGCGACCCCGGCGGGCCAGUCUCUGA